UGACGGCUUUUCCUACCACGUUUCGGACAAAGCGCAAGUUUGGGAACACACAUCUGCUGGUGUCACCUGAAUCUUGCCGGCACUUGGGUGUAAGGGCCAAAACUUGACAAAAGCACAGUCGCAGGUCCCGCCAGCCCUUCAGUCUGAUGCCCGUCCAGCCCUCCGACCCCCUGGAAUGGAAUGAGUCUAUGCACUCCCUCCGGAUAAGUGUGGGGGGCCUUCCGGUGCUGGCGUCGAUGACCAAGGCCGCGGACCCCCGCUUCCGUCCCCGCUGGAAGGUCAUCCUGUCAUCAUUCGUGGGCGCCGCCAUCCUCUGGCUGCUCUACUCCCACCGUCCGGCCCCAGGCAGGCCGCCCCCGCCCAGCGCCCACAACUGGAGGCUCAGCAAGGCGCCUGCUGACCGGUACAAUGACACCUACCCCCUGUCUGCGCCCCAGAGGACGCCGGGCGGGACCCGGUACCGAAUCGCACUUAUCGCCGACCUGGACACGGGGUCCAAGGCCCAAGAGGAAAACACCUGGUUCAGCUACCUGAAGAAGGGCUAUUUGACCCUGUCCAACAGUGGGGACCAGGUGGCCGUGGAGUGGGACAAGGGCCAUGACGUGCUGGAGUCCCACCUGGCGGAAAAGGGGCGGGGCAUGGAGCUGUCUGACCUGGUUGUCUUCAACGGGAAGCUCUACUCCGUGGACGACCGGACAGGCGUUGUGUACCAGGUUGAAGGCAGCAAGACCGUGCCCUGGGUGAUCCUGUCCGACGGCGACGGGACCGUGGGCAAAGGCUUCAAGGCCGAGUGGAUGGCGGUGAAGGACGAGCAUCUGUAUGUGGGCGGCCUGGGCAAGGAGUGGACCACCACAGCAGGGGAGGUGCUGAACGAGAACCCCGAGUGGGUGAAGGUGGUGGGCUUUAGGGGCAGCGUGCGCCACGAGAACUGGGUGUCCAGCUACAGCGCCCUGCGCGCCGCCGCGGGGAUCCAGCCGCCAGGACAGCGGCUCCCAGGCCAGGCCAUGGCCCUGCCACGGCUCCUCUGCAUGUGGCUGCUGGUUGCAGGGACUCACGGUGUGAAAGAUGGUGACAUGCGGCUGGCCAACGGGGAUGCUGCCAACCAGGGUCGCGUGGAGAUCUUCUACGGAGGCCGGUGGGGGACAGUGUGUGACAACCUGUGGGACCUGACCGAUGCCAGCGUCGUCUGCCGGGCCCUGGGAUUUGAGAACGCCACCGAGGCUCUGGGCAGAGCCGCCUUCGGGCCAGGAACGGGCCCCAUCAUGUUGGACGAGGUGGAGUGCACGGGGACAGAGCCCUCGCUGGCCAACUGCAGCUCGCUGGGCUGGCUGAAGAGCAACUGCAGGCACAAUCAGGAUGCCAGCGUCGUCUGCAGCAACGAAACCAGAGGUAUCCACACGCUGGACCUGUCUGGCGAGCUCCCUGAUGCUCUCGAGCAGAUCUUUGACAGCCAGAGGGGCUGUGACCUGUCCAUCAGGGUGAAGGUGAAGGACACGGAGGACCUGCAUCUCUGCGUCCACAGGCUCAUCCUGUCCACCAACCCUGAGGCCCAGGAGCUGUGUAAGGAGCCGGGCAGCACGGUCACCAUGGAGGUGGACGCCGAGUGCCUGCCUGUCGUCAGAGACUUCAUCAGGUAUUUCUACUCCCGGAGGAUAGACGUGUCCCUGUCAUCGGUGAAGUGUCUCCACAAGCUGGCCUCUGCCUACGGAGCCAAGCAGCUGCAGAGCUACUGCGCAUACCUCUUUGCCAUCCUCCUGCCCCAGGACCCCUCUUUCCAGACGCCCCUGAACCUCUACACCUAUGCACUGGCCACCCGGGACCCCGUGCUGGAGGAGCUGUGUGUGCAGUUCCUAGCCUGGAACUUCGAGGCCCUGACGGCGGCCGAGGCCUGGACGAGCGUCCCCGUAGCCCUGCUCCAAGUCCUGCUGUCCAAGAGCGAGCUGGCCGUGCCCAGUGAGCUGGCCCUGCUGACAGCUGUGGACGUGUGGAGCUGGGAGAAGCGUGCCAGCCACAGAGAGAUGGAAGCCAUGGUGGAGAAGGUCCGCUUCCCCAUGAUACUGCCCAACGACCUCUUCCAGCUGCAGUUCAACCUGUCCCUGUACUGGAGUCACCAGGCGCUCUUCCAGAAGAAGGUUCUGCAGGCCCUGGAAUUCCACACCGUGCCCUUCCAGUUGCUGGCGCAGUACCGAGGCCUGAACCUCACCGAGGACGCCUACAAGCCCCGGAUUUACACUUCGCCCACCUGGAGCAGGUCCGUCACACGGGAUCCCGAUCGCUAUUGGUCUGACCCCUACCAGUCCUUCCAGACGCCACAGCACCCCAGCUUCCUCUUCCAGUCCAAGUUCAUCUCCUGGUCUCUCGUCCACCUCUCCACCGUCCAGAGCUGCUGGAACUACGGGUUCUCGUGCUCCUCAGACGAGCUCCCCGUCCUGGGCCUCACCAAGUCCGGCUACUCGGAUCCCACCAUCGGCUACGAAAACAAAGCCCUGAUGAUCUGUGGGGACAGGUUCGUGGCAGAUGUCACUGAUUUCAGGGGCCCGAAGGCCAUGAUCCCCAGUGCCCUGGAAAACAAUGGUUCCAGGAGCACCUCCUUCUUCCCCUGCCCGGCAGGGUCCUUCAGCAGCUUCCGAGCAGUCAUCCGCCCUUUCUACCUGACCAACUCCUCAGGUGUGGACUAGACAGGGGCUCGAGGUGGCCGGGGCGCACAGAAGCGAGGCGCCUCCCAGCCAGCUCCCCCAGCAUCUCCGUCCUUGAACCCCUUCCUCUCUGCAGCCACCUCCCACAGCUGGCCACCAGAUGUCCCCCUGCUCCCACUGAUCUCUGAGCUUGAAGAAAUUACUGGAAGGUUUCAACCAGUGUUCACGCGGAUGCUGAGAAUUCUCAGUUCUCCCACUGCCAGGCUGGUGUGUCAGGAAGUGACCAGACACGAGAGUAGUGGCCGUUGGACUUUCUCAGCCCUCUGUUGUCCCUUGUCCGAGCUCAUUAAAAUUGCAUCAUGGUUCCCAA